UUCAAUAUCGUACAACAAGACAAAUCUGCUCCAAAGAAAUCUCCAGAAGAAAGCAAAUCCUCAAGCAAAUUCUUCAUCUUCUUCCCCAAAUUUCUCGAAUCCCUCUUUCUGUAGCGAUGACGUCUCUCCAAUUACACUGCUCCGUUCACUUCCUCCGUCCUAAACACCGUCUUCGCUACUCUCCUCCUAUCUUCACUCCCCGCACCUGCCACUUACCCGGAAAAUUCAGUUUCCGUGAAAGUUUCAGAGUCAGAGCUAAAGCUAAUUCGCUCCGUUGCUUCGCUCAAUCGGAGACGAAGAAGGAAGUGAGUUUCGCUGAGAAAGAGGAACGUCCUUCGUUCGACAUCAAUCUCGCUGUAAUCCUCGCUGGUUUUGCCUUCGAAGCCUACGCUUCACCUCCGGAAAAAAUAGGGAAACGAGAGGUUAAUGCGGCUGGUUGUAAUACUCUUUACCUUUCUGAGUCAUUUGUAAGGGAGGUGUAUGAAUGAUGGACAAUUGAUUUUCCUGCCUUGGAUCCAUGGGGAACGAUUGAUCCUUAUGUGGUGAUGGACUUGGAUGGUCAGGUUGCUAAAAGCAAAACCAUA